AUGGUUAAGGGGUCCCAACAAAACGUGGCCGUAGAUCAAGACAUACCAAUAAUAGACAUGUCGCAAGAGAGAUCACAAGUGUCGAAGCAGAUAGUCAAAGCUUGUGAGACUCUCGGCUUCUUCAAAGUGGUUAACCACGGUGUUGACCAAACCAUCAUCUCAAGGUUGGACCAUGAAUCCAUUAACUUCUUUGCUAAACCGGUUCAUGAGAAGAUUUCGGUUAAAUCGGCUAUCCAGCCUAAUUUCGGGUAUGGGUUUAAAGACAUCGGUCUCAAUGGUGACUCUGGUGAGAUCGAGUAUUUGCUGUUUAACACUAACGAUUCUGCUCUUCUCUCUCAGCUCUCCUUCAGCUCGGCGGUGAAUUGUUACGUAGAAGCAGUGAAGCAGUUGGCUCAUGAGAUCUUAGAUCUGACGGCUAAGGAACUUGGGGUCCCACCUAAUACUUUCAGUAAAUUAAUCAGCACCGUUGAUAGUGACACUAUUCUAAGAGUGAAUCAUUAUCCACCGUCCGAUCAAUUUCUUAGUGGUGGAACCACGAGAGUUUCUGAUAAAUCUGAGUCACUGAUGAGAGUUGGCUUUGGAGAACACACUGACCCUCAGAUCUUAACAGUUCUAAGAUCUAACGGUGUAGAAGGAUUACACGUGUCGAACUCAGAUGGCUUGUGGGUCCCUGUUUAUUCUGACCCUUCAGCUUUCUGCGUCAAUGUAGGAGAUUUGCUACAAGUGAUGACGAACGGGCGAUUUAUUAGCGUAAGGCAUAGAGUGUCCUUGACUUCCGAAACAAAAAGCCGGCUCUCAACGGGGUACUUCGUCGGACCGCCGCUUCAAACAAAGAUUGGACCUAUUUCGGCAUUGAUUGCGGCGAAGAAUCAGCCGCCUCUAUACCAAACAUUUACUUGGGGUGAGUACAAGAAGUUUGGGUAUUCGCUACGUCUUCAAGUUAACCGUUUAGACAUGUUCUAUACGUCUAAGGAUGAGUACGAGGACGGGAAAAAGAAUGAUGAGAAGAUUUAUUAG